AUGUCUCGAGGCCAAUUCACCAAGAUCCUCGACUCCGGUAGCGAGAGCAAGACCAACACGGGCCUCCACCUCAACCAUACCGUCUAUGACUUUCGCAGCAGAGGCAUCAUCGUUCCUAUGAGAUUCAGACUUGUGGAGCACGAUCCAGUCUUCACAAAGAUCGCCGACGACCUGGCAGUAUUCCAGGAUGUCAUCUGCCUUUCACCGAACUAUCGUAUCCUGGUUGAAAAGAUCCUCAAGAAUCUCCAUUGCCGCCUCACCAGGAAAUAUCCCAAACGUCCUCAUUGGUACUUUCCAUGGCGUAAGCGCCAGGACCUUGACAUCGGCUUCAGACUCUUCGUCACUUACCAGCUGGGGUCGUCUACCAAGACAUACAACACCAACGAAGUCAACGAGGCCAACUGGCCAGAUCUCAUCACUCUGUUCCGUCGUAGUCAGCCAGGGGAGGCGAUGUUCCGUGUUGACUGGUGGACAAAAGGCGAGCGUAUGGUCGACAGUGUAGAAUGUUGGAAGGACGCUGGCUCCUGA